UGCUAUCCAGAGACCGACGCGACCGACGCUUGUUUGUGUAUUCAAAAAAAGUUUACUGACGUUUUUAAACACUGAAAUAAAUUAAUUAAAUACAAUUUUAAUUGUAAAACCCAUUAAAAGUGCAGUUAAUGAUCGAAUAUUAGUAAUGAAAAUAGUGAAUAACCUCAAAAGUGUACAAUAGGCUAGAAUAAUAUCAAUCCAUGAACUUUAUUUGGCAAAAGUUUGAAUUUAACGGUCAUAACGGUGGAUGAAUGUUAUCUUGACGGUUGCAUUUGUACAAUUUUCAAUCAUUUAGUGGUCACAUUUGUGUUAAUAUUAAUUUUAAGUGACUUGAUAGUUAAUUUAUCAGGAAAAUUUAUUAUUUAAUUAUCAAAAAAAAUUAAAUAAAUUUCGCAAUGGAUCCAUUUACUAAGAGAAUGCUAGAACGUGCGAAAGCAAGACGGGAAAAAUUAGAUACGCAAUUAUCUAAUGCUGGCCAUGAGAUACGACCACGGAGAAGUCCUCUGAAAGACGCCAAUGCGAUUGUUUUACAAGCUUCUCGUCAGUAUUCUUAUAAAAUAAAUCCUCCAAGUUCAAUAAAAAAUGCUAAAUCUUUUAAUCCCUUUCCAGAGCUUUCUUCAAGCUUAAAUACCACAACUAAUUCCACACAAGAAUCAUUCAAUAUAACAACAGAAUCUUCAUUCAAGGCCCCAGGAACUCCAGAGAAAAGUAAAAAAUGUUCGGAAGAAGUAACAAAUAAAGAAAACGGGUCCCAGAUGAUGUCGAGUGUUAAAUCUAAAUUAGAGAGACUAGGAAAAUUGUAUUCAGAUGAUGAAAGCCGCGAGCUGAGCUCCCCAAUUCAUAGAACUGAGGAGACAUUCAGUGCUGAAGAGUCGUCAAUUGACGAAUACAAGAGCACCAAACGUCAUGGAGCUAGAUUAGAUCGUUUAGCCGCGCUUGCUUCAACUAUUAAUAACUGGGAAGAUGAUUUAUCACAUCCUCAAUUGGUAAAGAAAGAUGAAAGCAAAGCUGAAAAAAUCCAGGCCCAGAUAAACGACAAAGUGAAAGGUGUUAGUGCAGAAUGUCAACCCAGCACCAGUGGAUACAGUCGUUGGAAAAGUAAUGGCAAUAGUGGGAAAAAUUCUGAUAGCAACUUGACAAGGAAUUUUAAAUGGGAUAAAAAGAUUAUUACUAAUCUGGAAUCGCAAGGCUUUACGCGCACGAAAAGCAAUUCUAGGCUCGUGUAUGAUUUUAAGGCUUGUUCUCAGGAACCCAAGACCCCAGAGAAGACACCGGAGAAGAGUGUAGGAGUAGAAAAGCGAGUUGAUAUACCAAAAUUGCUGUCAAAGACGCCAGAUAAGGGGGAUAGAAAUUCAAACACCAGUAGUAGCAGUGGAAAUCGAUCAGGAAACAGGUUUGGGGGUUACUCAGGUUCUUCCAAAAAUAUUAUAACUUCUCCAGGUUCAGUUCUUAGCAAAGCUUCGUUAUUUGAAUCCAAAAGUGUAGCUACCAAGGCUAAGGAUCCCGCGGAGAUGUCGUUGUCGGAGAGGAUGGCUUUAUUUGAGAGGAACAAGGGUGAGGCGUUGAUACCAAAAGCACCAUUGACGUUGUCUGUACCUACGAAUAAAUUGCAAGAGCCAUCAAAGUCUUUUAAUCAAAGUGGUAAAAAUGAUUCAUUGAAUAAAUCAGUGAUGAAGAGCAAAGAAUUAUUUGAAAAAGGAUUACCUAAACAGGAGUUGGAGAAUGAUAUUCUACGUGAUACUCAAACCGAGAGGCAGAAAGAGCUAACAAUGUUGCGUUCGCGUUUUAAUAAAAAUAAAGAAAGUGUCCAGGUGGCUGCUGAAUCUUGCAUUCGGCCAAGAAAAAAUAGUGAAAAUACCGCCAAUGGUUCACCUAAAAAUUCACCAGUGUGUCCAGUGAAACCUACUCCAGCUUCGGAUCAUAUUCCAGUACCUCCACCACUGCCUCAAGGUUCAACGACUCCAAAGAAGCAAGAAGAAAAAGUGUCAGCCAAGAGACAAGUCAUCAGAUCACCUUCCCAAUCUCAGCAUCAAUCUAAACAAGCUGUGAGUGAAGUGAAACGUUUUAAAGUAUCACUAUCCAAGGCUGAACACCUUUACCCUGAUCUGUCAGGGCUAACUGAAUCAACUGACACUGAUACAACUGAUGGUGAGUUCACCAUAGCUUCAACCGAGCCAGAUACAGUGACACUAGAGGAAGGAUCUGAUAAAUCAGACUCCGACUUUGAUACUGAUGAUUACACUCAAGAAGAAGGCAAUACCAGCUUUGAAACAAGCAUUCUGAAAGUAGUAACUCGACAGACAAUUGCUAAUAAAAGACAGAUUGAAUCUGAUGCUGAGAGUUCUACGUCAGAUAUAUCAGUGUUAGAUGAGAUGGAUGAGUAUUUAGAUGAAUGUCUUGCUAAUCAAGAAUCACAUGGACCAACACCUCCAAAGCUCAAUCGAGAAGCUGCUAGUCCUUCAACAGCUUCUUCAAGCUUCAAAUAUUCCGCUGGCUUCCGUUCUCCCAUCAAAGUUACCUCUCGAUCUUCAAUCAAAAAUCAACCAUACAUUGUCGAAGGUGAUAAUCAUGUUCCGCUGAUGUACAGUUUAAGUUCCUAUCGUCGUCAACAGUCCACUCCUAAUAAGACACCUGUGAAACAGGUCAGCAAACUUGCGAUGGAUGAAUCAAGGGAGAUUGAACCACAAGCACAUGGUAUUUCCCAAGAAGCAUCACUUGUUGGUGAUAAAAUUAAAAGAUUGAUGGAUGAAGUAUGCAAACAGCAGACUAUCAUUGGUCAAGCUAGUCAAGCUUUAAAUUUAUGCACUGCUACGGUUGAGUUCAGUGGUUCUAGGGAACAAGUUGAAGGUGAAAGGUUACUUCUGAUUGCCACUCAUCGUCGUCAAGCUGCUCUAAAUGAAAUUCAGAGACUCAAAAUCGAAGGAACUCUACGACCAGCAGUCCCAGGUGAAUCAAUAGUGCAAGAGAGUGGAUCUCUGACUAUCUCAGCACUUACAUUACCUCUGAAGAAAGAUUACCAUGGAAAUAGAGACAUGUGCUUGCAUUUCCUAUGCUUAAUUCGUCAUCUAGAUGUUAUUAUUGCUACACCAGUGGUCCAAGCUGAACUUGGAGACUCUUGUUGUCGAUUCCCAUCAACUUUGAAACUCGAUAAUCUUUAUUCUGACUUUAAAAUCACCAUUGAAGUCUAUUCCCUUGAAACUCGAGCUGAAAUUCUGCCUCAUGAGAUCAAAUAUCAUAUUCAUACCAACAUUGGGCAUAACGGAAGUGGCGCAUCGAGUAAAAAGGCAGGUGGUAAGACACCUAAGAAGUUACAGAAACAAGAAAAACUCAUCAUGCCUUCUGUUCAGUCUCCAGCUGGACCUGGUGCUGUUCGUUCACCUGCCUUUGCUUUAAGUGGUUAUGUAGUUUUCAGCUUGAGAGAAGUCAAUCGUCAGCAGUUUACUUUAAACAAAGUCCCUCGUAAUUCUUCACUCGAAGGUCAUCUGCAGAUGCAUGUGUCUUGUGAAUUAUCAAUCGCCGUUGAACAUCGUGGGUUUUUAACCAUGUUUGAAGAUGUCUCGGGCUUUGGAGCUUGGCAUAGACGUUGGUGCUUGCUCAAAGGAGAUACUCUGUCAUACUGGAAGUAUCCUGAUGAUGAACGCAAGAAGACUCCCAUUGGAAGUAUUGAAUUACAAGGAGUUGUUACGAACAAUGUUGGAUUAGUUUCACGUGAUAUUUGCGCUCGACCCAACACCUUUUUGUUGGAAACUGUUAGACCAACACAACCUGGUGAUGAAGAGAGUAUGAUUGUUAUCAAGAAUGGACCACUGACAACAAUCAAGCAUCUUUUAUCAGCAGAUACAAAAGAAGAGAGAUUAGAAUGGUGUUCUAAGCUCAAUAAAACUCUAAAUUUAAUUCGCGCUUGGGGAGGAGGUACACCUGGUUAUUAAUAUUACCGUAACUUUAUCAUUAAUUUUUUUUAUUAAAGAUUAAUUAUAUAAAAAUAUAUAUUUGCUGAUAUAGACUUAUAGGUAUAUUCAUCAUGAUUUAAUAUUUUUAAUAAUUAUAACAAUAUUAAAAUUAAUA